CACCAAAUAUACUCACAUAUGUUACUUAUUUGAAUUAAAGAAGAAAGUUAAGGGUAGGCCUGUGCAUAUCCGUCCAUUUUUUCCGAUCCUAUAAUUAUCUUAAUUGCCCCAUCCACCCUUCUUCAACCAUGGAAGACCGCCGAUCUCUCUCUCUCCCGCUCCUUCCCGUCACCGGCGCCGGCUCCGGACCCACUCCUCCGAACGAAUCGUCCUUCUUCUUCUCAAACCAUGGCAUCGCCGUCCGGCUUCUUCUGAUCGCCUUCAUCGGCCUCACUUCCCUCUGGGCCAAUCACGAAGCCUCCAAAGGCUUCGAAAUCACCGUCGUCAACGCCGCCAAAUCCUCCCCCGCCGGUCAACGCUUCGAUCUCUUCUACGUUUCCAACGACGAGGCCACGCGCGUGCUCCUCAACGCCAGCAACUUCGUCGAGAAUCUGAUCUACCCUUCCCAGGCCGCCUUCCCCAAGAAGGAAGUCAAGCGCGUGCGUCUCACGCUCGCUCCUCGUGAUCUGUCCCCCAAUGUCGCCGUCCACAAGUCGGACGACGGAGUUGACUUCUUUAUCGAUCUAAGCCCUUCCAUUUUCCACGAGACUAACGUGAACCACGCCAUGUCAGCUGCGGUUCUCCGGGGGAUGUCGCGGGUCUGGCUCUGGGACGGAGAUUCCCACGCGCCUCCGUCGCUUCUCGCCGGGAUGGUCGAGCACAUAGCCGCGGCUGCCGGAUUUGUCGAUGAUAAAUAUUCCGGCGGGGUCAUAUCCACGUCGACGGCAUGUGAUCCCAUGUGGUGGAAGGAUAAGAAUCCUAUGGAGGUCGCACUUUUUCUCGGCUAUCAUGAAAACCAGCGGAACGGAUUCAUCCAACGGUUGAAUCAAGGCUUGAAGUCCAGAUGGCAGGAUCGGACAGUCCAGGAUGCUCUGGGGAUGCCAGUUCAGCGUCCAUGUGGUUCGUUCAAUUAUUCCGGAAUCAGCGUAUAGGGCAAUGGGGGACGUCCACAGCGAAGGCAGUCCCCACAAUUGGGGAAAAAAUAAUUGAAUUGCCACGUAGGAUGGGUUUGUCUUAGAAAUUCUCUGAUUUUCUUCGGCAUUUUUUUUUUUACAAUUUUGUUUAUUGUUUAUAAACGAUUUUUUAUUUCUUUUUUGAAGCUCUGAAUUGUACAACUUGACGUUUUAAAUACUCGUGAUGCUACAGAAAAAAUGUUUCGUGGUUGGUUGGAA